AUGAUUCCUGGUAGAAACUUCGGAGUUUAUGAAUGCUUUUUUAACAAUAUAUAUCAUGAUAAACAAAAAGCAUAUUUGCUAAAUAAUAAUAAUAAUAAUAAUAAUGAUACCCAAUUUAAAACUAAACAAAAUAGAAAUAGCUACAUUGCCCAUCAAAUAAUCUCCAACCUUCUCAAACAAGCAAUUGCAAACUUAAUUAAUUGCAAAUGCAAAAACAUUAUCAUGAUUGAUUUGUAUGAGACAAUGUUUCUUCAGCUAACUCCAGAAUACGCCAUAAUGGAAAUGAACAAAAUUCCAGACUUUUCCAAAUAUAAAGCUAUACCCUUUAACUAUAAUCAAGUUAAUUUUAUGGACUUGCAAGACAACUUGCAGAAUAAAAACGUUGAUGACUGGAUAGUCACAACCAAGCAGAACUCAUAUCAUUUUGCGAAUUUCCAGUACAACCAAAAUUUGAAAUUGAACCUCACAAGAUUUAACAGUAUUUAUUUUCAAAAUGCUAAACCAAUACAGUUUUCUAUUGAAAAACUAUAUUGGCGCCGAAUAUUUCAAACAGACCCUAUGUUUAAUGCCCAGUUUGGAUUAAACAGUGACAUUAAGAUGCUUAUCAAGAUCUUUGAUCCCUCUUAUCUCGAAUCCAUAAUCUCCCACUCAAACAACUUUUAUUCAAAAGUUAUUCAUCAAUUUGUGAUUGAAAUAAGUGUUUUUAAUGCAAUGAGAAAAUAUCAAUCACAAUACCUCUUCACACUUUUUUGUCAUGGUUUUUUGGAUGGUUCUUAUGCCACUGCUGAUGGUAACUUUUCACUAGUUGGGCUAUUUUUAUUGAUGGAAUAUUUCCAAGACGAUAAGCACUUGAUGAAAGAUAAAUGGCGAAAAAAAGUUCUUGUUGACUUUGGCUUUUCUAGAUAUAUGAAAAGCAAAAAAAUGAUCGCAAAAAUUUUGGGAACUAAACAUGACCUUAAAGAGAGCAUAAUAAUGAAGCUAAAAGACAUCAACGAUUUACGUAAGGCGUUUAAUUUCAAAAAGUCUUCAGUUUCAAACGAUAAUAUUAUCACCCAAAAGAAAGUAUUGACCUAUCAAAUUUGGGGGCAGUAUGAUUUUUGGUUAUGUAGCUUCUGA